AAUAAUAAUAUAUUCAUCUGAAAUGUGGUAGAGCAGACUAUAGAAAUACUAAAGAUUACUUUUGUGCUUAAUUACAGUACUUGAGUAAAUGUAGAGGGACUUUCCACAACUGAAAAACCUAUAGCCUGGGUAAAUGCUUUAUUCACAGAAUGGCAUUUAAUCUAAAAGCUCAUUUUAUAUAUUAGUCUUUUAAACAGGUCUCAGAAUCUCUAUAGGAACUUGAAUGCACUUCCAUUUUUUUCUUUUAUUUGUCUGUUUAGGUUGAUAUAAGUUUUAUGUAAACAAUUUGUAAUUACACCCACUGAAAUGUCACCUUUAUGUAAAUAAUUGAUUUGUUGUUGGAACAAUUUAAUAUGCUUUUAUUUUGAAAAUGCCACUAUGUGUGAUGUCAUCAAUAUUCGCGAUGUCAUCAGGCCGCGACAAACGUUGACGAAAUCGCAUGUAAUGUUUAUGUUUCGUUAGAUACUUAAACGUCCCCUGUCAUCUUGGUUUUACUUACAUGCGUGGUUAUUUUACGUUACUCUGAUUCUCCGAGGACGAUGCUGACUGUCAGCCGGGUGUUCCGGUGUUUACACAGCCGUUUAACACCGUCUAGACUCCGUGUUCCGCUCACCUGUCGUCCCACGAUCGCAGCCAGGUCAGGGCUCCUCUCCUCACAGGACCACCGGUGCAAUUUCCAUGUGUUGUUAACGCCUGCUGACAGAUGUGAAGCUCGCCUGAACAGCAGUAGAGGGUUUUCAACUUCACCGAGUAUCAGAAGUGACGCUGUUGGAAAGAUCCAGCCAACACAUUAUCAUCUCGUUUACACGUGCAAGGUUUGCUCUACCAGGACCACGCAGCAGAUUUCCAAAGUGGCUUAUCACAAUGGUGUUGUGAUAGUGACAUGUCCAGGAUGUAAGAACCACCAUAUCAUCGCUGAUAACCUCAAGUGGUUCUCUGACCUGGAGGGGAAGAGAAACAUCGAGGAAAUCCUCGCUGCCAAAGGAGAGACUGUGAGGAGGAUUGAAGGAAGUGCUGCUUUGGAGAUAGUGAUGGACGAAUCAAGCAAAGAUGAGUCACAACAUGGUGACGACACAGAGAAAUCAGACAGUGACCCAGAAAAACAAUAACACUGUGUAUGUACUGUAUAUGUAUAUUUAAAGAUGUUAAUAUUUCAUUCCAUAAUAAACACAAAUCUUUUAAAUGUGCAUGGUCUGUUUGAUGUUAAACCUUGUCAAAGGAGAAUUUCUGUUGGUUUUUGACACAAAGUUUAUCUUAUCUUAUUAGUUGUCAUGGAUUCUGAGCAAAGAAUAGGGAAAUAAGAGACUAGAUUUAAUAGCAGGAGCUACAACUAUAACUCCAUAUGUCCAGUCUUGUUUUCUGCGGCUCAGGACAUUCUCCAAGAUCAGUUCUAUUUUAUCCUGUGGAAAACUAGACAUCGUCAUACAUGCUUUUAUUUACUCUUGUUUGGAGUACUGUAACUAGCUCUACACAUGCCUGAAUCAGCAGAGUUUACACAAACUACAGCCUGUCCAAAAUUCAGCAGCCAGACUCCUUUCCCAAACCAAAAAGAGAGCAUGUUACUCCUACUUUAGCUUCUCUUCAUUGGCUCCCAGUAAAUUUUAGAAGUGAUUUUACGAUAUUAUUGCUAACCUUACAGCCCACUCCGGACUCACACCUAAGUACAUCUCAAUCCUCUUUGUAAAUCACUUAUUAAUUAACUUUUAUUAAACUGGUUGUUUUAUCUAUUUUAUUUUGUUUCAUUUUACUAUUUCUCAUGUGUAGCUCAUGCCUCAUGUUGUAUAACUUUUAAAGUGUUUUUUUCUCUAUUUUUUUUGUGAAGCACUUUCUUUGUUUUGAAAAUACAGUU